AUGGUUGCCCUCAGAAAGAGGAUUCGUGCAGUUCAAGAAAGAGAUGGUUUUUGUACAUUUCUUGUGGAAAGGCCGUCAUCACUGCAUCACGUCACCAACCCAAGUUGUGCUGCAAUGAAGCCAGCAGGAAUCCCAGCCGAUGGCAUCAUAAUGGGCGACGACGCCAUUGAAAUUGGGGCCCGUGAGGCGUUCAAGUAUGCUCGUGUAAAAAACAAACAGGUGAGUAUGCCUCCUCGACACUUUGGUUCGAGCUACAAUGGUAAAAUCAAUUUUGGGCCUAAAUUCAGCGAUUUGAACCUGUCUACACCAUGA